AUGGGUCUGCUCACCCUCGUCGAGGAUCGCCCAACGCCAUCGGCCGUCUACAACUGGCGUGUCUACGCUUGUGCAGCUGUAGCAUCUUUUGCAUCAUGCAUGAUAGGCUACGAUUCUGCAUUCAUUGGCACAACACUUGCUCUCCCAAGUUUCGUCCAUGAAUUCAAGUUCAAGUCGAUGAAGGCACAACACUUGGCUUUUAUCAAGUCAAACAUUGUAUCUGUUUACCAAGCUGGUGCAUUCUUUGGAUCUUUGCUUGCCUACGCUUCUGCAUACUAUCUUGGCCGCAGGAAAAGUCUGUGGGUGUUUGUUACAGUCUUCAUCGUCGGCGCUGGCAUCAUGUUGGCCGCUAAAGAUGGAGAUCUGGCGCCCAUCUACGCUGGCAGAGUGCUUGCCGGCAUUGGCGUUGGUGGAUCGUCUAUGAUUAUCUCGCCCCCUGCUGUCCGUGGCCGCUUGGUCGGGAUCUACGAAUUGGGCUGGCAAAUUGGUGGUCUCGUCGGUUUCUGGAUCAACUACGCCCUCAGCGAGACCAUGGGUCCUAGCCGCCGCCAAUGGCAGAUCCCCUUUGCUGUCCAGCUAAUUCCAGGCGGACUCCUCCUCAUCGGCAGUCUCUGGCUUAAGGAAUCGCCCCGCUGGCUAUACUCCAAAGGCAGAAGAGAAGAAGGUCUCAAGAACCUCUGCUGGAUUCGUAAGCUCGAAAGCAAUGACCUCUACAUCGUCGAAGAAGUGGCAGCUAUUGAUGCAGCCAUUGAUCAUCAAGCAUCUACCAUGGGUAUGGGUUUCUUCGCACCCUUCGCCGCCGUUGCAAAAAGUCGUACUGUCCAGUGGAGAUUCAUUCUUGGUGGCUUAUUGUUCAUGUGGCAAAAUGGUAGUGGUAUCAACGCCAUCAACUACUACUCCCCGACAGUAUUCAAGUCCAUCGGUAUCACAGGUACCAACACCUCGUUCUUCACAACUGGCCUCUUCGGUGUGGUCAAGACUGUGAUGACAAUCAUCUGGAUCUUAUUCUUAAUUGACAAGCUUGGUCGACGCAAGCUUCUCAUGAUUGGCGCCGCUGGUGGCUCCGUCUGCAUGUUCAUCAUCGGCGGCUACCUGCUGGGUACCGAUGGUAAGAGGAAGGGAACUGAACUGGGUCCUGGUGGUAUCGCUGCGGUGUUCUUCUUCUAUCUAUGGACAACAUUCUACAGUCCGUCUUGGAACGGAACUCCUUGGGUUCUCAACUCGGAGAUGUUCGAUUCCAACACUCGCUCGUUGGGGCAGGCUUCCGUAACAAACAACUGGUUUUGGAACUUCAUCAUCUCGCGUUUCACACCUCAGAUGUUCCUCAACAUGGGUCCUUCUGGCUGCGGAGUGUACUUCUUCUUCGCCAGUAUGAUGCUUCUCAGUAUUGUGUUCGUUUGGUACCUAGUGCCAGAGACCAAGAGUAUUCCCUUGGAAGCUAUGGAUCGUCUCUUCGAGGUCAAGCCUGUCCGCAAGGCGAACAAGGUGGUUCUCGAAGAAGUAAGACUUCGCGAGGAGGAAUUCCGUCACGACGCAGAGGGAGCAGGACUCGAUGCUGCAAAGCCGGAUGCUGUCUACCACGAGCAUGUUACAAAGAUGUAG